CACACUCAGCUGAGCGGAGAGAAGAGAAUUUUGCAAAUUAUAAUUUUUGUUUAUAAUUUAUUGGAAAAACAAAUCUACGAAAAAGUUAAAACAGUUAAAUUAAACAAACAAAUUAAAAGCUGAAAACUUAUCUGGAAUAUGAAUGAAGCAACAACAAUGACAAAGGAUCCCAUAAGGGGAACGCUGACAAAAUUAAUUAAACACUCCAAUGCAACUUUUAGUGCAGAUGAUGUGUUGCGUGAGUUUCGCAUCACCAAGGAGAAACGUAACAAUCGUAAAUUGUUAAAAAUUCUGGAAAUUAUAUCAAAACAUCAACCUAAAGCCAGUGAACAUUUGCAAGAAGCGGCUAAGUUAUUAGAGAAGAAAGAUCCAUUUUACUGUUUGCUCAACUUUUUAAAUUACUAUUCCGACACCAAUAUCAUGCAGUCCAUACGCAAAAAAGAUUUGUCCACUUCAACACCUUUGUUAACCAAAAAUAUUUUUGAUGCCGUGACGCCGGAGAGUGUAACAGAUAUUAAAGAACGUGUGGUCCAGGCUGCUUCUAGUGGUUUAAGUCGCACCGCCCAAAAUAACAAUUCCAUUAUUAGUGCUGCCCUUAUGUCUACCACUACGGCAGCAGCUGCCAACACCAAUUUAACGAAUUCAUUGGGUUCUACACUUUUUCCUUCCUCAAAGGCAAAUCAUAGCUCGGAAUCAUUGUGGGAAUUUCAUAACAUUGAUAAUUUUCAAUUUCAACAGAGUAACAUUGCUGCUAUACCCAUAACGAGUCAGGAAAAUCUUUUACUCUACGAUUUAAUUUAUUGUUUGACGGGUAUGCGUGGCUCUUAUAUUACGCCUGAAGGGGGCUCUAGUGUUAGUGGUCAAACGUUUUCCAUGAAAUUUAAGAUAUCUGAUCAAAUUCACAGUUCUUUACGCGAUAUUGCCCAAGAGAUUUUACCCUUGGCAUCUCAUUACACUUGUAUACAGAAAUUUAUACAGAAGGCUACAUUUUCCAAUUGCAGUCAGGUUUUGCAGGCCUUAAGUGAAGCUUUAAAUAAUUUAAUACAUGAUUAUUAUUUACUUUUGGCGCAAUUGGAAUCGGAGCUAAAUGCCGGCAAUUUGACAUUGCACAAAAUGUUAUUUUAUGUAAGACCCACCUUAAAUACCAUGGAAGUAUUAGCAGGAGCAGUAUCGCUAAUAGUGGCAAAUGAAUUACGCGGUGGUCAGGCUUUAACUUUGCUAUUCAAUCAAAUUAGUGCCUUGACUGGAGAUGAGGAAUCACAAAAAUUUAUGAUACAAUUAACACAAAGAGCUGCUGUGCCCUAUAUGAAUAUUUUACAAUUAUGGAUACAAAAAGGUGUCAUCAAUGAUCCACAACAAGAAUUUCUGGUAGAAGAUAAUGAGGUAAUUAGAAGAGAAGAAUUACCAGAACACUAUUCAGCUGAUUAUUGGGAAAAACGUUACACCAUACGUCGCGAACGUAUUCCCUGCUUUUUGGAAAAAGUCUCCGAUAUUAUUUUACGCACGGGCAAAUAUUUAAAUGUCAUUAGACAGUGCGGCAAAAAGGUUACCCUGCCUCAAACUAUGAAUUUACAAUUUUCACCCACUAAUCAAAAUCAUAUUGCGGUGGUACAAAACGCUUAUCGUUUUGCCUCUAAGAAUUUGUUGGAAGUUUUACUUAAAGAGAAUGAUUUAAUGGGUCAUCUAAUGUCAGUUAAACGUUAUUUAUUAUUGCAUCAGGGUGAUUUUAUUACACAAUUUAUGGAUGCUUGUGAAGAUGAAUUGGCGAAAAAUGUCGAUAAAGUUUUACCCAUGACAUUGGAGAAUUUAUUGGGUUUAACUUUGCGUUUGUCUUCGGCCAAACAUGAUCCCUAUAAAGAUGAUGUUCAUUGUGAGCUGCUGACAUACGAUUUAGUAACACAAAUGUCAAAGAUAAUGAAUAAUGAGGAAGAAUACUGGCAAACGCAUGAUCGUUUAGAUUUGAACGGUUUAGAAUGUUUUGCUUUUCGUUAUGAAGUCAAGUGGCCCGUAUCUUUAGUAUUAAAUCAUAUUGCCAUUUCCAAAUAUCAAAUGUUAUUCCGUCAACUCUUCUAUUGCAAACAUGUGGAGAGGCAAUUAUGCAAAAUUUGGAAAGAAAAUUCUAUUGCUAAAAAGUUUUCACCGCAGGCGGCUGAACUUUAUCGUUCGGCAUUUACAUUACGACAACGUAUGAUGAAUGCUGUACAAAAUCUAGAAUAUUAUAUGAUGAUUGAAGUAAUAGAACCCAACUGGCAUAUAUUUAUACAGAAUAUGAGUAAGGUGGAAAAUGUUGAUGAAGUUUUGUCCUUUCAUCAAGAUUUUUUGGAUUCUUGUCUCAAGAAUUGUAUGCUAACAGAUACUACAGCCUUAAAUCGUUCCAUAUUUAAAAUGUGUAACAUUUGUUUAAAAUUCUGUGAAUUUAUUCAGAAAUCGCAACGUUUCUUUCUUGAUGCCGAACUUACAUGUAUGAUGUGUGAUAGUAAUGACGAGGAUAAUUCCGAUUCAGAUCAUGACUUCUCUAGUCAAAAACAGUCAGAAUCUUCUUUAGCACCUACUGAUACGUUUUCGGAACGCGUUAAACGCUUUGAUUUAGAAUUCACCGGUUUGCUAAUUGGUCUGCUGAAGCAAAUAAACGAUGUUGCAUCGGAUAAUCCAUCAGAUCGUUUUAUUAAUUUAGUACAUCGUAUUAAUUUCAAUUCAUUCUAUAAUGAACAAAUGGAUAAAUUAUGCGCUAAGGAUUCAAUGAUAACAACAACACAUCAUUGAAAUCGAUUAAACAAUUUUCAUUUCACAAAUAUCAACCAUAAUAAAGAAAUAAUGAUGAUAAUGAAUACUCAAACUCCAUACCAUCUCUUCUACAAUUACACAACUACAGCUACAAAUCUGCAUUAUUUAAUAUAAUUAAAUUUGAAAUGCAAUGUUUAUCUUGCCAUUUGUUUGUAGUACAUCCAUACAUUCAACGUUGUGGGACGUUGAAUUUAUCUCUAUGCAUAUAGACUGAGAUGAUGGAAACCUUUUAAAAAUUGUAUGUAUUUUUUCCUGUUGUGUAUUAUUGCUGCACAAAAACAAAAAUCAAUUACUCUGAAAUCAAUAUGAACGACUUGUAUUUAGAGAAAUGUUACGUGUAAAACAAGUUGAAUUUUUAAAUAAAUAUUAUUGCAAAUUUUACCAACAAAA